AUGGCGAGCGGAGUGGUGUUCAUCAGUCUGUUGGCAGAUAUCUGCAACUUUGCCAAAUACUGGGAGCACUGGCUGGCCUCCUCCUUGGAAAACCUCCCAGAAUGCCUUGCAGCCAAGAAACUCCCCAUUGCACGGCACUUUGUGUCCUCCCUGAAGAGACAGACGUCCUUCUUACACCUGGCACAGAUAGCCCGCCCAGCGCUGUUCGACCAGGCUGUGGUGACCAGCAUGGUGUCAGAUAUCGAUAAUGUGGAUCUCAGCAGCAUCAGCUCACAGCCUCUGCUCAGUAUUAACACCUCAGGAGAGCAAGACCCAGAUAUGUACUCUGAGUCAUCUUUCCACGCCACAGUGGAGUCCUUCAUCGAGUGGUUGGACUCUGUAGUGGAGCAGAAAGUCAUCAAGGAUUUGAGCCCAUGA